UCUGCAAAGCUGUCAUCGAAUGUUUACUGCCUGCCAUCAGAAAACAAUGUGCAUUUCUGGUUCGGUCUUUUAAAAAGUUAUACUGUUUCAAUAAGUUAUCUCAACAAAAUUAAUUGUAGAAGUCGAUUGAUUCUACAAAUAAAAAGUAAAUAUGAGUGAUUCUGAGUCUGACACAAACGAUCAGGCUGGUAAUAUUGAGCAUUUCAACGGGCCGGUUGAAAAUGCAUGGCUGCUAAAGAUUCCCGAGUUUAAGCAAGAUGACAAUCCAAAUGGCGUGUUGGAAGAGAGCUCAUUUUCUUGUUUGUUCCCAAAAUACAGAGAAAAGUACAUCAAGGAAUGUUGGCCACUGGUAGAGAAGGCAGUAGAGGGUUACAAUCUUAGAGCAGAAAUGGACCUUAUCCAGGGAAACAUGAAGGUCAAGACUACCAGAAAGACAUGGGACCCGUUCAUUAUACUAAAAGCAAGAGAUUUAAUUAAGCUGUUAUCUAGGUCGGUUCCUUUUGAGCAAGCUGUAAAAGUGCUGAGUGAUGAAAUCAGUUGUGAUAUCAUCAAGAUCAAGAAUCUUGUGCGAAACAAGGCAAAAUUUGUCAAACGGAGAAAUCGAUUGAUUGGACCGAACGGGUGUACCCUAAAAUCUUUAGAGCUACUAACAAACUGCUACGUCCUUGUACAAGGUGCAACUGUUUCAGCAAUCGGGCCAUACAAAGGCCUUCAAUGCGUUCGAAAAGUUGUUGAAGAAACAAUGAAAAAUAUUCAUCCUAUCUACAAUAUUAAAGCUCUAAUGAUCAAGCGAGAGCUAAUGAAGGAUGAUAAAUUGAAGGAUGAGAACUGGGAACGAUUCCUACCAAAAUUCCAAUCAAAGAAUACCACUAAACGUAAAAAGCCUAAGGAGCAGAAGAAAAAGAAAGAUAAAACUUCUACUCCGUUCCCACCUCCACUGUUGGAAAGUAAAGUAGACAAACAGUUAGCUUCCGGUGAGUACUUCCUUACCGAGGCUCAGAAAAAUGCUAAACGUAAUCAAGAGCGGAGAGACAAACAGAAAAAGAAUUCCCAAACACAGAAGACACGGCGGGAGAAGGAGUUCGUUGCACCCGAUGAGAAUAAAGCUAAAACUGCUGAUGUAGGAAGUGAUAGAUUAGACGUUAAAUCAUUAAAGAAUAAAAUUGCAAAAGCAAAUAAGAGAAACAAGAUGAAUAAGUAACCAGAUCGGAAAAUGAAAUAUAUUUUUUUUCAGAAUCGA